AUGGGGAAAAAAAAGAAAGUCGGAAAGGAAAGAAUUGACAAAUAUUACAAGUUAGCCAAGUCUGCUGGAUAUAGAGCGAGAUCGGCAUUUAAGCUAAUUCAAAUAGCACAGAAAUAUAAUAUUUUUAAAGAUGCAAACAUACUAAUAGAUUUGUGUGCAGCACCAGGUGGUUGGCUACAAGUGGCAUAUAAAAAUAUGAAAAAGAGCAGCACGAUUAUAGGAGUAGAUUUAGUACCAAUAAGAAAAAUAGAUAAUAAUGUUAUCACGAUAAAAAGUGAUAUAACUACAAGUUCAUGUAUAAAACAAAUUAAAAAUAUAAUUAAAAAUGAUAAGGCAGAUGUAAUACUAAAUGAUGGUGCUCCAAAUGUAGGUACAACAUAUUCUUAUGAUAGUUUUAAUCAGAAUAUCCUAGUUCUUAACAGUAUAAAAAUUGCUUAUAUUUUUUUAAAAAAAAGGGGUAUAUUUAUUACCAAGGUUUUCCGAAAUGAAGAAUAUAUAUCACUAAUAUGGGUUCUAGAAAAACUAUUUGGAGAAGUUAAACAUAUAAAACCAAGAAGUAGCAGAGAAAUAUCAUCAGAAAUUUAUUUAAUUGGAUUAAACUUUUUAAAUAAUAAAGUGGAUAAAAAAUUGUUUGAUUAUACAUAUGUUUUCAGUGAUCAGUUUAAACAAGACUCAAAUAAAUUAAAUGCAAACAAAUCCAGUGACGAUGAUGACAAUUUCUCAGAUUCUAGUAAUAAUGAAAAGGAAAAAAAGAAAAACAAAAAAAAAAAAGGAUUAUCAACCAUUUUAAAAGAAAAGAAAAAAAAAAAUAGACAAGGUUAUAACCUUGGGGAUGAUUACCGUUCUACGGAUAUAUGCAAUUAUAUUCAUGCGGAGAAUUAUGUAGACUUACUUAUAAAAACAAACAAAUUUACCUUUGAUAAUAAUUACCAAAAUUCAGAGGAUCCAUUAGUUAGAAAUACCUACAAUGUUAUUUAUAAAAACCCUAGCACUACACAGGAAAUUCUUCAACUCUGUAAAGAUCUUAAGGUGCUUGGGAAAUCUGAUUUGUUUCAUCUUAUUAAGUGGAGAUACAAAAUUAGGAAGAGCAUAAGUCUAGCCAAGGAACCUGAAUUUAUCAAAUUGGAGGAUUUGAAAAAUGAUCAGAAAAAUGAUGAGAAAAAAGAUCAGAAAAAUGAGGACAAACAAACAGACACAACAAAAGCUUCGAUCCAAGACGAAGAAUUAAGCGAUUCUUCUGAUGAUGAUUCUGAAAAAAAUGAAAUAAAUGAAUUUUCCGCGCACCUGGAAAAAAAAAAAAAAAAAGAACAAAAAAAGAAGGAAAAAAAACUAAAAAAAGAACUAGAAAAAAAAAAACUAAGUAAACCAUUAAAACUUGAUUAUGAUGAAGAUGAAAUACAUUUUAAUAAAAACAUGUUGAAAUUAUUAGAUAAGCAAUCUUUUAAGGAUCACAUGAACGUGUUGCGUAGUAGCCAAAUUAGCGACAAGUUAGAGAUUAACCAAGAAGGUGAUUCGACAAGUGAAAAGGAGGAAGAUAUAGACAUAAACAAUUUAAAUGACUCCAAGAUGGAUCGAAUAGAAUACCUUGUCAAUUUAGACUAUGCAAAACAAAAAAUGAAAGAAAAAAAAAUGAACGAAGAAAAGGGCACGGAAAAGAUUACCAGGAGGAAAAGGGCGAUGGACUAUAAGAACGAAGAGCUGAUGAAAAUUCAAAAGAUCAUGGAAUUAAAAAAUGAGCAGUUAAUAAUGAAGAGAAAACUGCACGAGUACCUCAGCGAUGACGAUGGGGACGAUGAUGAUGACAGCGACUCUUCUGUAGGUAGUUCUCAGCGGGGGGAGCAGCAUGACGAAGAAGAAAUGAACGAUGAUGCAUUGAGCUUACACUCACAAGGAAUAAAACAAAACGAACACAUACACAAAUUGGUAGAUAAGAUAAUCAGUCUAAGAAAAGAUGUUAAAAGGGAAGAAGAAAAUUCUAAUGUAAAUCGCUUUUUUGACCAAAAAAUAUUUUCGACCAUAUUUAAUCAGCUAGAUGGUGAGUUGUAUGAUAAUGAUCAUGUAGAGGAUCCCAAAGAAGGAGUAAGUAAACAUGACAAACGGUAUGGCAAUAAAGAUGUCGACGGAGAUGACGACGUAGCUGGAGUUGACAUGGACGAAGACAUUGAAGAAAUGGACGAGCGGAAACUACCCAACAUUCCACUACCAAACAAACUAGCCAGAAAAGAAAGAAAAAAAAAAUUAAGAGAAAAAUACGGAAGCAAUGAAGUAAAGAUGAAAAACUCCACAUUUUCUAUUGUAAAAACGGAUGAAAAUGGGCAAAUUAAUAAUGCUAGUACAUAUUUUAAUAAUCUAAUUAAAGACGAAGAUGAAUUAGCAUUCAUAAAAUGUAUCGGAGAAAAAUUAAUUCAUAAAAAAAGUAGAAUGGAUCUGAUAGAUGACUCAUUUAAUAGACAUUCAUAUUUGGAAGAUGAAGACAUGUUGCCUGAAUGGUUUGUAGAAGAGGAAAAGAAAUUUAGAAAACCUGUAAUCCCAAUUGACAAAUCUAUUCUAAAUCAGUAUAAGAGCAGCAUUAACAAAAUAACUAGAAUGCCUAUUAAAAAGGUUAUAGAAGCAAAAAUACGGAACAAAAAAAGAGAAAUUGCGAAAAUGAAAAAAUUAGAGGCAAAAAUCGGAAAAAUUGAAAAAGAUGAAGAAGAUCCUUUCCUUAAGCACAAAGCCAUUACAAAUAUACUGAAGAAGAAUAAAUCAGAAAAAAAACGAGAAAAAUCUUAUGUUGUUUGCACCGGAAAGGGCUCCAAGCUCUCUAACAAGAAAAACAAAAAGGGAAGUAAAACUGUGGUUAAGUAUGUAGAUAAAAGGCUCAAAAAAGAUAAGAAGGCUAAGAAACGAGUAGAAAAGAAGAAAAAAAACAUAUCAAGACGUAAAUAUUCUAAAUCAAGGCCUUUUAAAUUUAAGCAAAAAAUGUAG